AUGGCUUCUUCACCACAAUCGCGACCUACUAAACGAAAGCACGAAACUUUAACUUUAAUGGAAAAGAUGGAAAUCUUAAAGAAAGUGGAUAGUGGUGUGCCUUUUACAGACAUAGCAAAUCAAUUCCAUAUUGAGCGGUCAACAGUUUACGAUAUUCGGAAGAACAGAAAUAAGAUCGAAAACUAUGUCACUAACGCCGAGUCUGGAAUAGGAAAACGUCAAACGAUGAGAACUGGUGAAUAUCCACAAGCUAGUGAAAGAUGGCUUACAAAAUUUAAAGCAAGAUUUGGAAUCAGGUUGCUGUCCAUAACUGGAGAGAAAUUGUCCAGCAAUGAGGCUGCUGUAUCACCAUUUCUUGAAGUUUUUAUGAAAAAAAUUGAAGAGCUUAAUUUGACGGCGGAUCAAGUUUACAAUGCCGAUGAAACUGGCUUAUUUUGGCGACUUUUACCACAUAAAACGUAUGUUCACAGAAGUGAAACGUCUGCUCCAGGCAGAAAAGUAUCCAAAGAACGGAUAACCGUUAUGACUUGUUCAAAUGCAAGUGGCAGUCAUAAGUUGAAACUCUUAGUUAUUGGAAAAUCUAAAAACCCUAGACCAUUCAAGAACACAAAUCUCCCGGUUGUUUAUAUGAGUCAAAAUAAAGCCUGGGUAACCAAAGAUUUGUUUUACGACUGGUUUCAUCAUGUUUUCGUGCCUGAGGUGAAAACAUUUUUAAAGUCGCUAAAUCUACCACAGAAAGCUCUUCUUGUGCUUGAUAAUGCUCCUGGACACGGCCCAAAUGACGAAUUAUCAUCUAGUGACGGCUGUAUAGAAACACUUUUCCUUCCUGCUAAUUGUACGCCUCUGCUCCAACCAAUGGAUCAAAAUGUGAUACAAAUGAUGAUAAACAAUUACAAAAAGAAGAUUUUACUUAACGCCAUAAGUCGAGAGGCAAACAUUUCUGAAACUCUGAAAAUGUUGAAUAUCAAAGAUGCAGUUUUUACAGUUUCUAAUGCCUGGGACGAAGAUGGAGAAAGAGCAAUCAAAUCAUCAUGGAAAAAAUUGUGGCCUAGAAUUUGUGAAGAUGAUGACACUUGGGAAGAAGAGGAUCCAAUUCCAUUACAGGAAUUGGAUCAAAUUCAGUUUGCAACAAAUCCUAAUGCAGGUUUAACACGUGAAGAUGUUGAAAAUUGGUUUGAAGAAAACCCAGAAAUAUAUGAGACACAUUUAACCGAAGAUGAGCUUGUAAAUGAAUCAUUUGACUCAUCCUUGGAUAGCUCAUCAGACGAAAUGUCGGUACAUGUAGAUUGCACUGUCAAAUCAGAGGACGCUUUGGAAAGUGUUGACACUUGCAUUAAAUGGGCUCAGGAAAAUGGAAUGACAUACGAUAUG